GUCCAACCAGCAUGAGUGGCAAGCCCAGUGCGUCAGUGCAGGCUGCCUUUGGACUCUUUGACGACGACAGCAGCGACGAAGAGACGGCGCCACCGCUUGUAAAACCACACGAGGUUGUUCAUAUCGUCCCCAAGGCUGCUGUGCCUUCACCCGCUGCAAAGGAGGAGAAGAAAUUCAGGGCUGAAGCUACGCGUAGUUUAUACAAGCCUUGGGACGACGUUAAACCGCUGGCGGUGGGUCCUAUCGACCUUGUGACGAGUUUCAAUGGCGUGGGAGGAUCACGAGGCUACGUGGCCACGAGAGACUUAAAACCAGGCACUCAGGUGCUGGUGGAACAGGUUUAUGUGCCUUGGCCGAGGGACGUGGAGACUUCGGACCCCGAGUUUUUCUUGGCCACGAUGGAGUCUGUGCUGUCUCGAUCAGACUACUCCAAUAUUAUGGAGCACUUGGGGCAUCUGUACCCUGAGAAGCUUAGCGAGUUACCCGAGGAACUGCUCGCUGCAGGCCGAAAGAAGUACGGUCCCCAGGUGGACGAGCUGUGCAGGAAUUUCACCGAGUUGGCGCUGUCACCCGACCAAGUGCUACAGAACGUAUUUGCCAUGCAAUGCAACGCCUUCGAUAGCGGCGUGUUCUUAUAUAACGCCAUGUUUAACCACGACUGCAACCCGAACUGCGUCAAGUUUACGCCGGAAGAUGCUGGUCCCGAAGGUGGGGUAUCCGAGGUGCGGGUCGCGCGACCAAUCGCCAAGGGCGAGCAGCUUACGAUUUCGUAUUUGUAUCCACGUGAGCAGAGUCGUGGAAACCGACAGAAGAAUCUGUCGGAGCAGUUUGGUUUCGAGUGCUGCUGUGAGCUGUGCAAACGAGGUGACAGUGUGCUAUCUCCGCCUCCGAAUGCAGUGGAAGACAGCGACGACACAAAGCCUGGCAUGCCGGAUUUGGAAAAGGUGUUGGUUGGUGCGGAAGAAGUUAUCAAGACAAACCCCGAGAGUGCUGCUGACGCGCUAUCUGUGGCUUUGGAGACGCUGUCGGAUGCACUAGAGAUCGUCGCCCACGAUCACUUGGUAUUUAUGCGCAUUCAUAAACUGGUAGCAGAUUCGUGCGACUUAUUGCUGCGUGGGAAGACCGAACGUGUGUGCGAGUACUCGAUUUUGUUCUUGCGUAGCAGUUAUGAGCUGCUCGAACUUCAGCGGACGUAUUUGAACCCGGACCACAUUGAUCUUGCGCGUACGCUGAACGACGUUAGUCAGGGCAUCCAGCUGCUGCUAUCUUAUGACCCAAAGGUACUGCUCACGGAGUUUCCCGAGUGGAAAGACUUCCGCCAAGCCUCUGUCGUUGAGAACCAGUAUCGCCAGGAGUAUAGACGACUAAAGCGGAUGUACGAAUAG